AUUAUGUCUGAUUCUGCUGUUUAUUGUCCAAAUUAUGCACCAUUUUUCGGGUUUGCAGGUGUUUUCUGUGCUAUGGCCUUUAGCACUAUUGGAGCAGCCUAUGGUACCUCAAAGGCUGGUAUUGGUAUUGCCGGUAUCGGUUCUUUUAAGCCCGAGUUAGUUAUGAAGUCAUUGAUUCCAGUUGUCAUGAGUGGUAUCAUUGCGGUAUAUGGUUUAGUAGUUGCAGUCCUUUUGGCUGGUCAACUGUCUCCAACAUCCGGUUAUUCUUUAUAUUCUGGAUUUGUAUCUUUGGCUGCUGGUCUCUCUGUCGGAAUGGGGGGUUUAGCGGCAGGUUAUGCUAUUGGCAUUGUUGGUGACUAUUGUGUAAGAGGAUAUCUUAGGGAAAGUAGAUUAUUCGUCGGGAUGGUCUUGAUUUUAAUUUUCGCAGAAGUUCUUGGUCUUUAUGGCUUGAUCGUUGCUCUUAUUUUGAAUGCAAAGGCCGACAACAGUGUUUGUGUUGCUUAGAGACUAUUAAUAAAUGCUUGAUACCAUUUCAUAUACGCAUUAAAAAGUAAU